AUGAAAACAGCUAUCCGCUCAGCUGCCCGACCGCUUCAGCGGCGAGCACUCUCCACAGCGUCGGCCGCGACGACAGCGACCACCACAAAACCACCUCGACAUCUCCUCUCAAUAUCGAAUCUCACGCCCACAGAGCUAUCCACACUAGUCAACAAUGCCACCCGUCACCGGUCACUUGGAAUUAACAACUUUCCUCUCUCACCUCUCGCCAACGCCCUCUCCCACAAGAACAUCGCCCUGAUCUUCUCCAAACGCUCUUCUCGGACCCGUGUGUCUACCGAGUCCGCCGUCGUCGCCCUCGGUGGGCAUCCCAUGUUCCUAGGAUCGGGCGAUAUCCAGCUGAACGUAAAUGAAAGCCUUUACGAUACUAGCCGGGUGAUUUCCAGCAUGACCUCCGGCAUGGUCGCUCGCGUUGGUCCUCACUCAGAUAUCGUUGGCCUAGCCAAGGACAGCACUGUUCCCGUGAUCAAUGCGCUCUGCGACACGCAUCAUCCCAUGCAGAUCAUCGCGGACUUUGCAACAUUGACGCAAUCGUACGCUACCACAGCUGAAGGCUUAAAAGGCCUGAAGAUCGCAUGGGUCGGCGAUGCCAAUAACGUCCUCUUUGAUAUGUGCAUCGGCGCCCGGAAACUCGGGAUCGAAAUGGCAGUCGCGACGCCCUCAGGCUACGAGCUACCGGCAGCGAUAAAGGCCGAGAUCGAUCAGGCUGGUGAGGGCAAGCUCUCGGAGACCACGUCGCCUCUCGAAGCCGUCAAGGACGCAGAUGUGAUCGUCACGGAUACUUGGGUCUCGAUGGGCCAGGAAGAGGAGUCGCAAAAGCGUAUGAAAGCUUUCGCAGGCUACCAGGUGACAGAGGAGAUGGCGAGGAAAGGUGGAGCGAAGAAGGACUGGAGGUUCAUGCAUUGCAUGCCCCGGCAUCCGGAGGAGGUCAGCGAUGAGGUGUUCUAUGGUGGGAGGAGUUUGGUGUUCCCGGAAGCAGAGAACCGCUUGUGGUCUGCGAUCUCGGUAUUGGAGGGAUUCGUGGUCAAUGGUGGCGACAUCAAGAAGACCAUUGUAUGA